GAGACAGUUACAUUCGCCGUCAAACAAACGAACAUUGUCACAGAAGCUACAGUAUGGAGACUCGCUGCAGUUUCUGGCUCCCCAAGAAGAAUCGAUUCUGUGCCACUGCUCCUCUACAUGGUUCCACGUUCUGCGGCAAUCACAGCCCGAGGUCUCAGAGCCAGUGGAUCCCAUGCCCAAUUGACCCUUCUCAUUCUGUUCUUGAGGAAAAUCUAGAAGGGCAUGUAAAGAGAUGCCCAUUUCUGAAGAAUGUUCAAUCUUUGGCUCUCCAACCUUAUUACCAUAAAGGGAUCAAUGCUGGCAGUGAAGAAGUAGGGCAACAGCGGAAUACACUGUCUUUGGAUAAGGAUAUUACUUCUGAAAUGAAGAGGAGUGCUGUUUAUAGUAUGAGUAUACCGGAAUUUCAGGAUUUGCUCAGAAAAAUUCGGAAUAUACACAGCUCAAUAUGUAAGGAUAUUAGGGAUUCGUAUAAGAUACCAGAAGCUUGUGGUAUAUGGAUCAAGAGAGAAGUAGACAGGAAGUUGCCUUUUCAAGAGAAGCAUGUUAUGCAGCAGGCUUCCAUAUUGGGGAACUUAGAAGAUAUUGGAGUCUUAAAGACUUCUUUUGAAAGCGAGCAGCUUGACAAUGAGGACCCUUACAGAGAUGAUGAUGGUGUUCUCCCUGCAGUGAUUGAAUUUGGAGCUGGGAGAGGGUACUUGACACAAAUGCUUGCAGAUGGCUAUGGGAUCAAAAAGGUCUUUCUAGUUGAGAGGAAGUCAUACAAACUGAAGGCUGAUCGAUCCUUGCGGCAGAAAGAAAGCUUGAUUUUAGAGCGUUUGAGAAUUGACAUUGAGGAUCUAAAUUUGAGUGCUGUCGAGUCCUUACAUGGAGUUCCUUAUCUUGCUAUUGGUAAACACCUCUGUGGACCUGCAACAGAUUUGACUUUAAGAUGUUGCCUGGGAGAACAAUCUAGUGAAGAUAAUCUUGGGCAGAGCAUCGGUCAUCAUUAUCCUAUAGGCUUGGCUAUAGCAACCUGUUGCCAUCAUCUUUGCCAGUGGAAGCACUACAUAAAUAAAAAAUAUUUAUGCAACUUGGGAAUUAAGAAGGAAGAAUUCCAUGCAAUUACUUGGUUUACCAGCUGGGCAGUUGACGCGGAUCAUAGUUCAGAUAUUACUGAUGUUACUAAUGGGAGGAGAUUGCACUUUGACUCUAUUGGUAAAGAAGAAUGCGGUGAAGAUGUCAACACAGUUGAGGAAAUUGUGAGGAAUAUGAAAGCUGUUGAAAGGGCAGUUUUGGGCUUUAUGUGCAAGCAGAUCAUUGACAUAGGGAGAUCGAUGUGGAUCAUGGAACGUGGUUUCAAAACACGGCUUGUGAAGUAUGUUCCUUCUAGUAUAUCUCCUGAAAACCAUUUACUAGUUUCUCGAUGUGUCCAACAAUAGUAAUACGUGGAUUUACCCUAUGAUUUGAUCAAAGCAUAUCAUUUUUGCCGGAUUGUUGGUGCAACAGCUGAUCAAUUGUAUUCAUAUAUAUCAUUUUGGCUCAUGUUUUGAGUGAAUGAGCUUGAUAAUAUGAACAAUACAUACUCUCUUUGCCCUCA